UGUGUGCAUGAAACUGUGUGCAGUGUGUUUGCGCGUGUAUGUGUGUGUGUGUGUGUGUGUGGUGUGUGUGUCUGUGUGUGUGUGUGUGUAUGAGUCUCAUGCUCUGGUGUUCCAUCUCUCCCCUCUGUUCCAGCUCUGCCUUCCCCAUCUGGACCGAGGACCUGGUUUGGAGGGGAGAUGGAAGAGGGAGGUGUGUGUGUGUGUGUGUGUGAGUGUAAGUGUGUGUGUGUGUGUGUGUGUGUGUGUGUGUGUUUGUUGGGAUAGGGAAGGCGGUUGCCCUGUGGGAGGGGGAGAGCUCGGGUAGGAGGCAAUGACAAAAUCAAAGGGACCAGUGUGUUGUUGGCUGUGUGUGUGUGUGUUUGCGUGUAUGGGAGAGACACGGAAACAGCAGACCGUGAACCUGCACACCAGUGAGCAGCUCAUUGCAGACUCAGCUUUGCCUGGUCGACUGAAAGUGGACGAUCCAAGCUGCUCCAUCUACAAGGGACUUCAGUCUACUGUGAGCUCCAGUCCACCACAGAACCAAGACGUGUAGAGCUGCGGUUGCCAUGCCGGAAUCCACCUCCUGAGCUUCUCGGUGACGCCCUACGCCGGGGGAGGAUGGGUGAUGGGCCCGUGACAUUCAGCGGACUCUCUCCUCCUCAUCCCAUCCUCUCAUGGAGCACCUUGUCAAACCGAGUUCCUCCUGGAACACUUCCCUCUCGGGACUUCCCUCGUUUACCGUCUCGCUGCAUCCAAACGCUUCCAACGUAAGCCAGGUGGUGACAAGCGUCCAGUCCGGUCUAAACGUGAGCCAGACUUUAGCCCUGUGCGCCAUGCUCAUCAUGGACACCCUUGCUGUGGUGGGGAACCUCGCUGUGAUGAUUGUCAUCACCAAAACGGCGCAGCUACGCAAGUUCGCCUUCGUGUUCCACCUGUGCUUGGUGGACUUGCUGGCGGCGUUGGUGUUGAUGCCUCUUGGGAUGGUGUCGGACCGGUUCUUGGUGGACGAGGCCGUGUGUCGGAGCUACCUCUGCUUGAGUGUUUGCCUGGUGAGCGCUGCCAUCCUCACCAUAUGCGCCAUCAACGUGGAGCGCUACUAUUACAUCGUGCACCCCAUGCGCCACGAGGUGAAGAUGACAUUGGGGGUGGUGCUGAUGGUGCUGGUGGGCGUCUGGAUUAAAGCCGUUGUCAUGUCUCUGGUGCCUCUCCUGGGGUGGCUGCUCCAAGGUAACCAGGAGAUGACCUCUUCGUUGGUGCUCACUCAUUGUUCCCUCCACUGGGCGGGAGGCAGGACCACACGCCUGCUCUUCAUGGUCUUCUUCACCUUCAUCUAUUUCCUGUGUCCCGUGUUGAUUAUUCUCGUGGUCUACUGUAAUAUGUUCAAGGUGGCCCGUGUGGCAGCCAUGCAUCACGGCCCACUCCCCACUUGGAUGGACACACCGAGACAACGCUCCGAGUCCACCAGCAGCCACUCCACCGUGGCCGCAAGCAUCGGAGGGACGGGCUCCCGCAACACCCCUCAAAGGACAUUUGGCGGCGGCAAAGCCGCCGUGGUUCUGGUGGCUGUGGGAGGCCAGUUCUUGUGCUGCUGGCUGCCGUACUUUUCCUUCCAUCUCUACUCGGCCGUGGCGUCUACCUCUCCUGCCUCGCUGGCCCAUUUGGAAGGAGUGGUGACGUGGAUCGGCUACUUCUGCUUCACCUCCAACCCCUUCUUCUACGGCUGCCUCAACCGUCAGAUACGGGAGGAGCUCGGGCGCCACCUGGCCAGCCUUUUCAGAUAUCGGUACGGGUCCGGUCAGGGCGAACAGCUGCCCAGCCGGGAGGCCUCCAUCCAGGAGAACUUCAUGCAGUUCCUUCAGGGCACGGCGCGCAAUCUGGAGCCGUGCAACUCUCACAGCGGAGUGACUCCAGACGAGGUGGAACAUGAAGGCCUCCAGGAGUCAUCUGCUCAGCAAAACACGCCAGCUGACUUCCACAUGCCAGGGCAGAUUCUUGAAGAAACCUCAGAGUUCAUACAGCGGAAAAAACUGAACAAUCAACUCCAUGGUUCGGAAAAGACCAACCAUGUACCAGAACUUUAGCCGCCUAAAUCUCUUUGAAAUCAUAACACCCUCUUGUUGUGUUGUUAUCUUGAAUUGAAACCUGGUGAUCUGCAAAUCAUGCCACCUUCUAGUUUUUGGUUACGCAGCAUCUUUCAGAGAAAAAGAGAUGUUUCAUGGAAAUAAUCAUGUGCAUGUCCUCAUUUUUCAUCCCCUACAGUUUGCUAUCAACCGGUAUCACAUGUUUAAGAGACGGAUCCGCAUGUAGACACAAACUAUUUUUCAUUGGCGAAUUCUAAUGUAGUUUGCAUAAGAAGUAUCUUUUAUGUUAACCCAUUUUGAAGACAAUUAGACGCUUCAGGACAAUCAGUUAUUGGUAUAAACUUUCUUAGUCAUGUCCGACUAAAAACCCAUUUACACAGUAAGUCAUUGACAAGAAGGAAAUAUAAUUAAACUACUCUCAAAAGCACUAGAAAAAAAUUAAAAAUUAUGAAAUAAAAUGUAAUAAACAUUACAAACUAUAAAAUAGAUAGAAAUAAAAAUACCAACUAAAUUAGGCCCGUUUGAUGAUUGCAUUUGACAAUAAGGAUAGGUUGAUUGGCAACACUAAAUUGGCCCUAGUGUGUGAAUGUGAGUGUGAAUGUUGUCUGUGAUGAGAUGGCGACUUGUCCAGGGUGUACCCCGCCUUCCGCCUGAAUGCAGCUGAGAUAGGUCCAGCACCCCCCGCGACCCCAAAAGGGACAAGCGGUAAAAAAUGGAUGGAUGGAUGGGUUGUGAAAAUAAUCGAUGUAUAUCCUAAUCAUGAUUCUUAUUUAUUUCGAUUCAUAAGAGGAGCUUUUGUAACCUGUAACUUGUUAUGAAAAAGGUUUUAUUAUCAUUUUCAUACCGGAAAAAUACAUUGCAAG